CCCAGCGGUCUAGUACGAACGUAUACCGAACGCUUUGUAUAUCCUGUAAAUUAUAUCCUGUGUGUGCGAUUGGUCUCGUCUGCCUGGUUCGUGCGUAGUUCGAAACAUUGACUUCUGAUUGCCUCUAGUGGCAAAUUAUUCUGGGCUUGGGCUUGCAUAUUUUUUGUUUAGCGAUCAUGAGAUGGCAGCAUACGUUUAAGUUUCCUAGCAUUUUCACAACUUUCACUGAGGUGAAUCCACGCACUCACAGUCACUGACUUCUGAAGUUGCCAGCCGAAUUCGCGCGCGACAAAAACCCCAAAAGCUGCCGGCAAAAUAAUUGCCAUUGCAGGAGCUGCCUUUAAACUUUGCCAGCGACUUUGAGGCGGCUGAGCAGGGCUUCACUUUUUUGUUUGGCGCUUAUUCCCUGUUAUUUUCUCACAUAUUUUCAUUAUUUUCCCUCCUAUUUUCCAUUUUUUUUUUGGCCUGACAUUUUGCAUACCAGACAUUGAUAUUAAAACAGAAGACGUCUGGGGGCACAAAACUCGUAGUACUCGCAUGACAGGAAUAUUUAUAAUUUCCGCUGCCAGCAGACACAACAGAAAAGAAAGAAUAAUUUGCGAUUACUGGCAGGCAGAAGGCGAAGGAAAUCCCUGAAACGAUAUUACAAGCCAAGUGCGCUUGAGUUCGUGUAUUUCCGGUUGAACAAACACAUAAGCGAAACAUAAAGGAAAGGCGAAAAAAAUACACAUACCCAUACUUAUGCCAAUAAAUAUAUAUGUAUAGUAUAUAAAAAAAAGAGUACCCAGCCAGCACGAAAAGUGAAAAUACAUAAAGACGAGGCGAGGCGAGGCAAGAGCAUAUUUCAUAAGUUUGCACUCCGUACAUAUAGAAAAAAAACAGAGGCGAGAGCCAGAGAAAGCUGGCGACAAAGGCUAACGCACGACCUUUGGCACCGAGUUCAGCUCCUGCGGAGGGGUCAGCAAAUCAAUAGAGACAAAGCCGAAGACCGAACCCCUUGCAUCCCCUUAGAGCAGGUCCGAGUCCAUCCCAGUGCAGCGACCAAGAUUCACUCGCAAAUAAUGCUGACCAUGUCGACCCUGAUGAUGCCAGCACCGACCAUAGCCAUGGGUGCCCCGCAGAUCACAAUGGGUCCGCACAAGCCGCCGGAAACGAAGCUGCUGGCCAUCCAUCCCGCAGCGGCGGCCGCAGCAGCCGCCCAGCAGCAGCAGCAGCAGCAAUCGGUGACAGCUGCCCAUUUGCAGCACAAUGGCCAGCAGCAGCACUCGCAGCAGCAGCAGCAGCAACAGCAGCAGCAGCAAAUGUCGCAGCAGCAACAGCAGCAGCAGCUCGUGGGCAGCAACUCCAAGCCAGAACAGUUUCACAUUUUUGUGGGCGAUCUGAGUGCCGAAAUCGAAACGCAACAGCUGAAAGAUGCAUUCACCCCAUUCGGAGAAAUAUCAGACUGCAGAGUUGUGCGUGAUCCGCAGACGUUGAAAUCAAAGGGCUAUGGCUUUGUCAGCUUUGUCAAGAAAUCGGAGGCGGAAACCGCCAUCACUGCAAUGAAUGGCCAAUGGCUGGGUUCGCGCUCGAUACGCACAAAUUGGGCCACACGAAAGCCGCCGGCAACCAAGGCAGACAUGAACGCCAAGCCGCUGACCUUUGACGAGGUCUACAAUCAGAGCAGCCCCACCAAUUGCACUGUCUACUGUGGCGGCAUCAACGGAGCCCUGUCCGGCUUCCUCAACGAGGAGAUACUGCAGAAGACCUUCUCGCCCUACGGCACAAUACAGGAGAUACGGGUCUUUAAGGACAAAGGAUAUGCAUUUGUGCGCUUCUCCACCAAGGAGGCGGCCACCCACGCCAUCGUGGCCGUCAACAACACGGAGAUCAACCAGCAGCCGGUGAAGUGUGCGUGGGGCAAGGAGAGUGGUGACCCCAACCACAUGUCGGCCAUUGCCGGCGGGGCCUUGGCCCAGGGAUUCCCCUUCGGCUCGGCGGCAGCGGCGGCCGCAGCGGCUGCCUACGGACAGCAGGUGGCCGGAUACUGGUACCCGCCGGCACCCACAUAUCCGGCGGCAGCCCCCGCCAGCGCCCUUCAGCCGGGCCAGUUCCUGCAGGGCAUGCAGGGAUUCACCUACGGUCAAUUCGCCGGCUACCAGCAGGCGGGAUACAUGGGAAUGGGCGUCCAGCUGCCGGGCACCUGGCAGAGUGUACCGCCGCAGCCCCAGUUGGCCAGUGCAGCGGCGGCCACCGCUCCUCAGAUCACACAGAGUGUGGGCAGCGCAUUGCCCCAGGCGGCCGGAGUGGUGGCCUAUCCGAUGCAGCAGUUCCAGGUCAGUCCGCAGCUGGCGGAGGACGAGUGGCUGGCGCCCAGUUUGCUCGUGUAGCUGCCAUGAGGGAUGGCCAUGUAUCCCACACAGCAGCAGCAGCAACAGCAGCAGUUGCAGCAGCAACAUGAGCAGCAGACGUCCGGGGAAUAUGUGAAGGAGCCACCCUACCACACGC